AGAUUCUUACGAAAAAUGAUUAUCAGUUCAUUUUUUAAGUGAUAUAUUAUAAAAAUAAAAAUUUCACCGCAAAUAGGACUUCAAGUCUUUCGAUGUUUUUUUGUUUUUUGGUAUUUAGUAGACGCUUAAUUUCUUUCCCCCCUUUAUAUUUAUUAUAUGUAUAUUAUGAUAGAUUAUUGAUCUAUGCUGAUUCCCAUAGAAAUAUGCAUUUAUUGUAAUAUAAAUAGCUUUGAAAAAAGUUAAAUACACAUAUAAUAACCGAAAUUUUUAUUUUUAAAAAAUUAUAUAAACUAUAUACCUAUACCUCAUUUCGGAAAAGAAAGAAAAGGAAAAAAUUAUGUUUAAUAAUAAGUUUUUAUUGGGGAUCUUCUCUUACUUUCUACCAAUGGCUCCGCUAUUGAACCAUAAUUUGGCGCUUUUUUUGGGCAAUCAUUAUUCCGUUACUAAAACCAUGCAUUUGCUUACCAAAGAUCCUCAUGUAACAAAUUUGAAUGGUAGCACCAAAAAAGUUGGUAUCAAUACCGUCGUGAGCGAUAAAAACGAUUCUAAUUUAGAAGUAGUUCUUAUUCACGAUAUCAGGUUUAGUUAUAUGCGAUAUCUUUAUCAAAAUAUGAAACGCCGAAAUAUCUUCGAAAGUUAUUGGGACAAAUCUCAUCUUGCUAAAUCCUCUUCGAAAGAGUCAGAUGAUUCCAUGAUCAUUAGAAGUUUCGAGAAAAUCAGGAAUCCUAAUAAACCAUACAUUCACGUUUUUGACAUAUCGGUAGUUUACGAUGAGAAUAUACUGAACGCGGAUAUACUAUUUUCGAAUGACGACAUCAAAGGACUGCAAGAUGCGGGAAGAACUCCGACCAUGCGUCAGAUAGUGUAUAAAAACCACGAAGGCGUGCUUCAUCAUAUGACGGCGGAGGAAUCAAAUUUUUAUCGCGACGGAAACUUAGCCAAAGUGUCGGGUAACGCUGUCGAGAAUUGGCUGAAGAUAAAUGUCACAUACAUACUUUUGCGGUUACAUGGCAAGAAACCUUCAAGUAUAGGAUUUGUCUUCGAUGUUAAAGAUGCUUCGCAACGUUUUAAUCACACCAUGGCGCCUUUAGAUAUAGAGUCAACUUUGGUCAUUAUUUCGGAUAAAACUUCACACGAAAUGCCAAUUUUCGCGUACGCUGUGAAAGGUGUGGCUAAUAGACGCAAGAGAUCAAUAAUUAGAGAGAUUCCGAAAAUCUUUAAUGAUACUAAUUCUAAGAUAAACAAUAUGUUUCAAUCGCAAUCACGACUCGACGAAGAAAAUUAUUUGGCCGAACAAGCUGAGACUCUCUGUCAGAGGUAUGACAUGACAGUGGACUUCGAAACAUUGGGAUUCCUAGACGAGGAUUACUGGAUAAUAGCUCCAACCAAAUACAACGCGUAUUAUUGCGAAGGGGGCUGUCAUCCUAGGUAUUUAGGUUUAGACCUGAACCCCACAAAUCACGCUACACUCCAGGGGCUUUUAUACGAUAUCCAAAAUAGCCACGAGAGGGAAGACAAUCAACCCCUUAGCGAUGAGCAUAGAUACCGCGUUGAGAAAGGAGACUUAAAAGAAUCGAAUUCCUCGGAGAGGAAUAGCGGAGUGCGAGCCAGCGAAAGGGUGAUAAGCGACGACGUGAGACCGCCUUUACCGUGCUGCGUUCCCAAUCACUUAGAACCACUAACGGUACUCUAUUACGAUAAACAAAGGAAUGUUGUGCUGAAGCGUUUCACUGAUAUGAUAGCGUCUAAUUGUGGUUGCCAGUGAAACUUACGAAUUUUAUACUUAUCUAUUUAAGAAAAUUUUUUUUAUAAUUGAUUGCGCUUAUUAUAUUCAGAUGUUUAAAAACAAGCCUUAAUCAAAUGAAUACGAAUGCUAAAAAAAAAA